AUGAACAAAUCAGAAUUUAUAAACCAUAUAGCUAAGGAACAUAGUUGUAGCAAAGUAGAAGCAGAGAGGGUGAUUAAUAUGUUUACUUCUUCUACUAUUUCUGCACUAGCUAGUGGUAAAGAAAUAAUAUUAAUGGGGGUAGGGCAUAACCCUAAAACAGGUAAGCCACUUACAAUUAAAGCUUAUACACAAGCAAAAUUCAGUGUGGGAACAAAACUCAAAGUUGCUUGUAAUAAAUAG